AGAAACGCUUUUGUUUGUUUACAAUUUGCUAAAACAGAACUUUUGAAAAAUUUCGGAUUAAACUCUAAAAAGUAAUAAAAUAUCUUAUCAUUAAACAAUAUUAUUAUGCAGAAUUAUGAACGGAAGCUUCGUAAGAUCAAAAAAGCUAUAAAAAAUCUCGUAAUUGAGAACUCAUCACUAUGUGAUCAUAUCGCUGAUAUCCAGAACAACAUUGAUAAAGUAAAACAGGAAAGAGAGUUUCUGUUGAGAAAGCUUAUUGAGCAUGAACCUUCAACGAUUGAUUUGAUUCAACAAAGUAAUGAAUCGAAAUACAAAAAGAGAAAAAAUUCAUCAGAUGCAUCGAGUGUUAAUAAACCUCAUAGACCAGUUGGAAGACCAAAGACAAAGAAACCAGAUCCAGCACCAACGCCACCAUCUGAGCGAAGUUUAGAUCGUAAUAUAAUGUUCAAACAAGAAAUCAAACAAGAUGAUCUGACAUAUUUUGACGAUAAUGCAACCAACUACAUGAUAUCUUCUAGUUUAUAAAAAUUAAAAUAUUUUACAAAAAAAUGCAAAUUUGAGUUUAAUAAAAUUUAACGGUCAGAAAAUAAUCAAAUUUUUACGUUUUUCUCGGAUUUGCAAUAUUUUCUAACUUAUUGACAAAUAGAAUCAAAAU